CCGCUCGGCAAAGUGUCAUUGUCGCAACGCUGUGCCCAAAUAGCAUUCCAAAGUGACGUCACGGAUUUGACCUGCACAGUGUUGGCCUACAUAGACGGGAGUUUUCCUUCGCCCGUGCCUCCAAGCGGAUUUCUUGUGACAGUCGGCUCGCGCAAGGACCUUCUACGUGGAUUUUACCACUGAGUUCAACCACUGUCUGCUCCUGCUGACCAGAUCUUCAACCGACGAACAUCACACAGAUAGAGAUGGCAAGACGUCCUAAAGGUUAUGGGCUCACUGCUGAAAUAAACAAAAAGAUCAACGCCAAGUAUGACAUUGAAGUUGAGCGGGAGGCCAGGGAGUGGAUUGAAACGUUGUUAGGCAAUCCCCUAUCUGAUGACUCCGGCGAUCUGGGCUCCGAUGGAAUGCACGCCGUUCUUAAAGACGGAGUACUUCUAUGCCAAGUUAUGAAUCGCUUACAACCCGGCAGUAUAAAGAAAAUAAACGAAUCGAAAAUGGCGUUCAAACAGAUGGAAAACAUUUCCAAAUUCCUUGAAGCUGCAGAAAGAUAUGGCUGCUCAAAGACAGACAUGUUUCAGACAGUAGACCUUUAUGAGAAAACCAACAUGGUGCAAGUCAUUAACGCUGUCCAUGCACUAGGUCGAAUGGCUCAAAAGAACGGGUUUGAUGGACCAGGGUUGGGCCCAAAAGAAUCUCAUCAAAACAAACGGGAGUUCUCCGAAGAAACACUUCGAGCGGGCAAUUGUGUAAUAGGUCUUCAGGCUGGCUCCAACAAGGGCGCCUCACAAAGUGGUAUGAACCUUGGGAAGACUCGGGCUAUUCUGGACUAAAGGCUCAGAAGAAGAUAGGACAUCUGAUAACAGCAAUCAUCGGAGAGAGGGAACGGAGAGCGGGAAGCUGAGUGAGGGCUUGCGCUUCUGUUGCAUCAGCUGAUAGACUGCAUCUUCAAGGGGGACUAGGCUUAACGGUCAAUGCCCCUUUUGAGUGGCUUUAGGUCCAUCUAAAACAUACAAUUUGAGAUGACUGAUGAGGACAUUAUUUUCAUGACCAUAUUGAAAUUGAAUGGGACUGCACAUCGGCCGAGCCUAGUUUCCCUUGAAGCAUCUGUACCUGGAUCGUCGUUUUCAGCAAACAAUUCAAUAUAUGAAACAUAUUAUAUUUCAUUGCUUUUUGAUAGCGCGGGCCAUCAUGGAAGAUCGAAUUACUAUGUAACACAUUUUGUGGAUAAUUUAUGAAGGGGGAUAACUCUGUCGCAUGAUAUUGAAUUGAGCUGUCAUGGUUUUGUAUAGCUUUGGUAUUUGUAAUCUGUAACUCUCAGCAUACCAGCGUGCGAGUAUUAACAACAGAAGUCUUACAACUUUCAUCACAAACUAGGUGAUCACAAAUAUGAUGUCCAGUAGGCUGAGUCUCUAUUCUUGGCGUUUUGAAGCUUCUGUUCACAAAGUGCUUUGAAUAUGCAAUGUUAAUGCCCAUGGUUCUAUUCACACAACCAUUGUAGGAGCUUAGUUCAUUUAUUCAGUUUUUGUAGAUAAUCGAAGUUUUCAAAUAUAUUGUUUAAACGUGGUAUUAAAUUCUAUUUAGUUUAAUUACCCUUUGAACACAUAUGUAUUAUAAAUUAACCAGGUUUCAAGAUGAUAGUAUUGUAUUGUCCACUACAUUCACAGUAUAGUGUUUAGUUUCAGUAUUAGAAAGGGUAUUUCAAUUCAAGCACUGUUUUACUUUACGUUAUCAGGAUUGUAGAAAUAUUUAGCAACUGUGUAUUACACAGCGACAAAUGUUCCACAUACAUGCCUUUCACUCAUUUUGAUCCGUGUCUUAUGCAAUGUUUCCUGCUGAGUAAGCAAUAUUAUUUAUGCAAUCCUUUGCCUCUGAUAUACACACAUAUAUAUAUGGUCACACAUCUUCCCUAAUUAAAAUAUUAGCUUUAAUUCAGGCUUAGCAUCGUACCUAGUCGUACACCGAUGCUAAUGAUGUAUGCAUGUAUGUAUGGAUACAAACGGAUUGAAUUCUGCAAUGUUAACCUGAGCACAAAUCCUUUUAAUGCGAAGGUCUGUUCAUUUAUUUCUUGGUUAAUUUACGAAUGAUCUGUUUACGAAUAAAUUUAAGAUUUUCAGAACUGACCUUUUCUCCCUCCUGUUGACACAUUUCAGUUAUAAAAAAAGCCAUGCAACGUUAGUUGAUAAGAAAAGAGAGGUAACUGUUUGACUUAUGUUUUGAAGUUUCUUCUUUUCACCCAGCCUAUUUAACUGAGAAAUCAUCUUUAUAUAAAUGUGAAUUUGCGUAUGUGACUUAUGUCUCUGUUAACGGAGUAAUAAUAUGAUAAAUGCCUCAUGUAGUACUUUGGUCAUGAUCUAUGUGUGUCGUUUGAAGAACAACCCUUGUCAUAAGGGAAAUUGUUUUGAAGAAACAUUGAUAAUGCUAUUUAAGAAACAUAUAGUCGAAAGUAUGAAGGCUAAAUGAACAGCUAAUUGCGUGUGUUACAUCACGUCUUAUGUAGAGCACUUCAAUCUGCACAUUGGACAUGACACUGUGCACCAAACAAGGUUCUCCCACAGCCAAAUAUGACCAGUAAAUUUAUAACAGCUUUACUUAGAUUUAGCCAAAAAACAACCAAAAAACUAGUUGCAACCCAUGAGUGACUUGUCCAGAAACAAUUGAUGUUGAAGUUAUGUGUGGGCUAAUGAGGUUCUUGUUAUACAUCUUCGAACCCAAGUCAGUAUAGUUGAAACUGUCAACAUUGGAAUUGGGAGCAUGAUAUGUUCAUAUUAUACUGUGUGCGGAUGUUGAUCUAUGUAUUGUCUUGAACAACAUGAUAUUAUUCAUUAUUAUUUUAUAUCUUUUACAUGAAUGUACCAUGUAAGCAACCAAAUGAAUGCAUACUCUAUCGUGAUAUCUACAUACAUGAACGUCAUAUGUAAGAAACUGCAUUUCAUUGAUUAAACAGAUAUUUAAAACGUCA